GAGUUCUGUUGACUGAUGAUCGUCUAUCGCUGCGUGGUAUGUCAGUUACCGAGCCAUACAUGGUCUUGGUACCAACAGCAUAGUGUUACAAUCAUACAAAGCCGUGCCAUUCGAAGCUCCCAAACCAGUUUUUCUCUCUCUAGAAAUCUUCGACAAAAAGAUGAACGAAACACAGCGAUCAAUCUUCAUCGAAUCGUCUGCUCGUUUCCCUCCCCCACAAGGAGUGAAGCUAUCAUACGGUACGUCUGGGUUCAGAGCCGAUGCAUCAAUCCUCCAAUCGACGGUGUUUAGGGUUGGGAUUUUGGCGGCAUUGAGGUCGCUAAAGACCCAAUCCGUGAUUGGAGUGAUGAUCACUGCUUCUCACAACCAAGUCUCCGACAAUGGUGUCAAAAUUGCUGACCCAAGUGGUGGCAUGUUGACGAUGGAAUGGGAGCCCUACUGUGAUGCCCUCGCCAAUGCCCCUGAUUCUCAACAUUUCGUCCAGUCGUUAGAUGAAUUUGUUAAGAAGGAAAACAUUCCGCUUGAAGGUUCACAAUCAGCAGAGGUAAUGCUGGGAAGAGACACAAGGCCUAGUGGAGAGUCUCUCCUCGAAGCUGCAAAACAAGGAAUCGAAUCAGUAGUCAGAGCUGUUGCCACUGACAUGGGAGUCCUUACAACCCCACAACUACAUUGGAUGGUUCGCGCUAGAAAUAAGGGCAUGAAAGCAUCUGAACUUGACUACUUUGAUCAGCUUUCGAGCUCAUUCAGGUGCCUGAUGGAUUUAAUCCCUCAGGAAAGUGUAAUGAAAGAGAUGAAUGACAAUUUGAUUGUAGAUGGGGCAAAUGGUGUGGGUGGAGAAAAACUUGAAAUUUUUAAGAAGAUGUUGAAUGGCCUGGAUAUAGAGAUACGCAACUCUGGUAAAGGAGGUGUGCUCAAUGAAGGAGUGGGAGCUGAUUAUGUGCAGAAAGAGAAGGUUGUUCCAUGUAAUUUUGGUCCUGCUGAUGUUGGGAUAAGGUGUGCAAGUUUGGAUGGAGAUGCUGAUCGGCUUGUAUAUUUCUCAGUGCUAUCAAAUAGUAACAACAAAAUUGAUCUUGUUGAUGGGGACAAGAUAUUGUCUUUGUUUGCUGUUUUUAUCAAGGAGCAACUGAGUAUCCUCAACAACCACAAAGAUGAAAAAGUAAAUAAAUAUUAUCAAGCUCGUCUAGGUGUUGUACAGACAGCAUAUGCAAAUGGGGCAUCCACGGAUUACCUGAAACACUUGGGCUUAGAAGUCGUGUUUACUCCUACAGGAGUGAAAUACUUGCAUGAGAAAGCAGCUGAGUAUGACAUCGGCAUCUAUUUUGAGGCAAAUGGGCAUGGAACCAUAUUGUUCUCAGAUAAUUUCUUAUGCUGGUUAGAGGGUAGAAAUAAUGAGCUUUCUUCAACGUCAAAAGGAUCAGAAGAGCACAAGGCUACUUUGAGAUUAUUAGUAAUCAGUAAGUUGAUUAAUCAGGCGGUGGGAGAUGCACUGAGUGGGUUGCUUCUAGUGGAGGUCACCUUGCGACAUAUGGGAUGGUCAAUCCACAGGUGGAAUGAGCUUUAUCAUGAUUUACCUAGUAGACAGCUUAAGGUUAAGGUUCUUGACAGAACUGCGCUCAUUACAGCAAACACAGAGACUGUGGUUGUGACUCCCCCUGGCAUUCAAGAAGCCAUCAAUGCUGAAAUUGCGAAGUACCAUCGGGGCCGUUGUUUUAUACGACCAUCAGGUACAGAGGAUGUUAUACGAGUAUAUGCAGAGGCCACGACCCAGGAAGCAGCAGACAACCUAGCUAAAUCCGUAGCACAACUAGUGGAUCAGUUCCUUGGAUUUGGCAGCUCCUAAUAAUUUUCUUCCGAGAUGGCUUCUCACUUCAUUUCAAGAUGUUAAUCUAUCAUUUUUAUGAAAAGAAAAGUCGGUUUGGGGAAUUCUAACAGGUACCUUCCAUGAAUUAUUAAGGGGAGCUUUGUUUUAUUGCAGAACUCGGAAUUUUGGAUAAGCUUUGAGCAUAAAUUUGUUGGAUGUAAACUAAUAUUGAACUGCAAGGAUAGUUUCUAGUUUCCAUGAUGUGUCUGAUGAGAUUCAAUUAUUACAUCAAUAUGAUGUUUUUCAAAUUUUAA